UAAAAACCCCGAGCUGACGCCACGUUGUUGACACACGUUACUAUAUUUUUGCCAUCACACUACGUUGCUUCCCCCUCUUCGACGGCGACUUUCAACUUUUCUUCCUGCCUGUGAAAAGAAUGAACUCACUUGGUGUUUUAAUGGAAGCCUUAGCUUCUCAAUCAAUAAACACCAUUAAAACAAACCUUAUUUGGCUUCUAAGAACAACAUGGAUAGUUGGAACCCUUCCCAUCCUCAUAGCUUCACUCCCUUCUCCAUGUCUCAAUUCAUUUCACUCCCUUUUACUAAGCUUUGCUAAAAGGGGUAAGAUUAUGCCAUCUUCAUCACACAGGUUCACAGUUCCCCAGAGUUUCUUUCUUCACUUUUAUUUGCUGGCUUUGAUUUGGACAACCACCUUGUUAAUGGGUACUUGGUAUUUUGCUUACAAAGUUACACCUUUGAGUACUGAGUCAUUGAGUUACCUUGCAGCUGCUAAUCAUUUAACAGGAGGAUCACUUGUUUUUUCAUUAUACAAGUCUCGGUUUAGUUCUGUUGAUGACAGGUUCAAUGUUUGGAAAGCUGUGUUCUUGUUGUUGUUGAUGGAAAUCCAUGUCUUGAGGCGACUUUAUGAGACCUUUCAAGUUUUCAAUUAUAGCCCUUCAGCUCGGAUGCAUAUUGUUGGAUACUUGACUGGCAUUUAUUUCUAUACGGCAGCACCAUUGUCGCUCUGUACGUUUUGUGUACUCGAGGCUUUUAACUUUGCAGCUGAUCAAGUGGCUGAAUUUAAAGUCGAAGGCCAAGAAAUGGUGCCAAUUACAGAUUUUGAUUUGUGGGGAUAUAUGAAGCCAUUAACAAGGCUCGGUUGGUGCCAAUGGACCGGUGCUGUUAUAUUUGCUUGGGGAUGGUUCCAUCAACUUCGUUGUCAUGCAAUUCUCGGGUCACUUAGAGAACGCGGAGACCGAACCGGCGAAUACGUGAUUCCACAUGGAGAUUGGUUCGAAGUUGUCUCGAGUCCACACUAUUUAUCCGAGAUGAUAUUAUAUGCCGGUUUAUUGGUUGCGAGCGGAGGGACCGAUUUUACAAUAUGGCUACUUCUCGGAUUUGUGGUGGCUAAUCUUGUAUUUGCGGCGGCAGAAACUCACCGAUGGUACCUCCGGAAGUUCGAGAAUUAUCCUCGUAAUCGGCGGGCCAUUCUUCCAUUCGUUUAUUAGUACAGAAAAAGUUUUUGAAGUAUAUUGUGUACAGUUAGGUUACUGAAAUAUGUAGAGAGAUGCCUAUGUCGUUGAACAUUAUUAUUUGAGCUAUAUUUAUUGUCGGUUUAAUACACAAAUGUACGCAAAAUUGUAAUUGCA